AGAGAGAGAGAGAGAGAGAGAGAGAGAGAAGUUGCAGAACAUAAGGAGAUAGUAAUUGUUGGUGGUGGGAUAUGUGGCUUAGCCACUGCACUUGCCCUUCACAGGAAGGGCAUCAGCAGCUUGGUUCUUGAAAGAGCUGACACUUUGCGAGACACAGGAGCUGCAAUAGGCAUUCAGACAAAUGGUUGGCGUGCACUUGACCAACUUGGUGUUGGCUCAAAGCUUAGACAAACUGCAAUUCCUCUUAUAGGGUUUCUAGACGUGUCUGCCAAUAAUGUUUCACUAAAAGAAGUUCCUAUCGGAUAUGGAGAAGCUCGAUGCUUAAAAAGAAGUGUUCUCAUGGAAACCUUAGCCAAUGAUCUACCUAUUGGGACUGUAUGCUUCGGAUGCAGAAUACUCACUGUUAAAUUGGAUGCAAUAACUUCGUAUCCUAUCCUACAACUUCAAGAUGGGAGGGUUAUUAAAGCCAAGGUUGUGAUUGGGUGUGAUGGAGUAAAUUCAGUGGUUGCUGAUUUUUUGGGGUUAAAACCUCCAAGAGUUUCUCCCACUUCUAAUGUGAGGGGUUUUACUAACUACCCUAGUGGACAUGGGUUUAGUCCUGAAUUUGUCACAAUAAAUAAGGACCAUGUUUUUCUAGGAAGAAUUCCACUCAAUGACAAAUUGGUUUACUGGUUCAUAGCUCGUCCAAGGACACCACAAGAUUCAAUAGUUUCAAAAGAUCCGGAGCUAAUGAGAAAUUCAUCUAUGGAGUCAAUAACUGACUUCCCAAAUGAAAUGGUGGAGAUGGUAAAGAAUAGUGAACUUACUUCCUUGACUUUAACAGGCACAAGAUAUCGUGCCCCAUGGGACUUAUUACUUGAAAGCUUUAGGAAAAGCACAGUAACAGUUGCUGGAGAUGCCAUGCAUGUCAUGGGUCCAUUUCUUGGACAAGGUGGCUCUGCUGCACUAGAAGAUGCAGUUGUUCUUGCUCGGUGCUUGGCAAAAGAGAUGUGUGUGAGGACUACGACUGAUCCAAAAAGAAACAGGAAUAGAAUAGAAGCAGCCAUGGAUCAAUAUGUAAGAGAGAGGAGGCUGAGAUUGGUGCACUUGUCUACCAAAGUUUAUACUAUUGGAUCAUUGCUUGAGUCUUCAUCGCUAGUGAUGAAAAUCAUAUGCAUUGUGCUAAUGAUUAUCUUUUUCCGUGACCGACUUGGUCAUACACGAUAUGAUUGCGGCAAGCUUUAAUGUUAGGAAUAUUGUAACACACCCAAGUAUUAGUUUUGUGAAAUUUUAAUGAAUUUUUCUCUUUGUAUUAAAAAUAAGCAACUUUGAUUCUAAUAUUUGUCAUUUGUAGUUUGGCAU